GAAAAUAAACACACGGAAGAAAAGGAAGGAUUUCAGCUCGAACACACACACACGCUGAAGAUAAAGUGUAAAUUAUGAAGCGUUAGGGGGUUCAAAAAGAAGACAAAAACCAGAGGGGAAAAAGAAAGAAGAAGGAAAAAGAAAGAGCCAUAUUUGUGCGGCGCGUUUGAUUCCCAUUAGAGCUCGAGCGCACUUUCUUAUCAAAGCAGGAAGGUGAGGAACACACACACCUGUACAGGAGUGAUGGAGGGUUGGGGUAUAUUUCGGACAUUGUCGUGCUACGUGGUCAGCUGUCAGGUGCUGGGCGUGGCAUGCGUGGUGAUCACGGGUGUGUGGAUGGGCCACUUUCACGGGGGCUACGCCUGGGACGGCUCGCAGCAGCAGUUUAACGUGCACCCGCUCUGCAUGGUCAUUGGCCUUGUCUUUCUCUACGGAGACGGUGUCCUGGUGUACCGGGUGUUCAGAAAUGAGAGUAAGCGCUCGGUGAAGAUUCUCCAUGCUCUGCUGCACAUGAUGGCGCUCAUUAUCAGCAUUGUGGGUCUGGUGGCCGUGUUUGAUGUUCACAACAAAGCCGGCUUUCCUAACAUGAACUCUCUCCAUAGCUGGUGUGGCAUGCUCACCUUCAUCCUCUUCAUCAUACAGUGGCUACUGGGAUUGGGCUUUUUCCUGUUUCCCUGGGCAUCAUCAGUGCUACGGAGAUGGUACCUGCCACUGCAUGUAUUCUUUGGCCUGGUACUCCUGGCCAUGGCAGUGGGUUCCUCCCUCAUUGGCAUCACAGAAAAAGCCGUCUUCAGUGGCCUAUCAUCGUUUGCUCCCGAGGAGGUUCUGGCCAAUGUUCUGGGCCUGUUGCUGGUGUGUUUCGGGGUCCUCGUAGGCUACGUGGUGACCAGAGAAGAGUUCAGACGACCGCCGAACCCCGAGGAAGAGGCGCUGUCUGUUCAUUUCAACACUCUGAGCGAGGACUCCAGGCCCAGCUCGCCUUAACACAGCACUUAGACUUCAACACUCCUCCUAUGAUGUAGUCUUCAGUCUCCUUACUCCUGUUCUUGUGUGUGUAUGUGUGUUCAGUAAUAGAAAGCAUCUUCAUGUCUGUACAGAUGACUGUAUAAGUGGCAAAAUAACAUUUUAAUUUAAGUAUAUUUAAAAAUCUACAAGUUAGGAAAAAUAUUUAUUUAAUGGUGCAGUAUGUAUGAUUUUGUAUUUCCACUUUUAAUGAGAAUUUAUACCAGAUUGCAUUUCAUGGACUAAGUGCUGUAGAAGACAACACAAUAUGUACACUAAUGUCCUAUUUAGUGGGUUGGAAGCAUCACGAGUAUUCAGUAUUCUAAAGGUGAUCACUAUUUCGUAUUAAUGCAGAAGUGUUACAGUGUUACACAGCUAGCAUGCUAAUUAAUACAGAGACAGGUUAGUAGUAAACAAAUACACCAAAUGCAGCCUGCUAAAGCUUUGAUUGCCCUACUGUUACUCAAGUGCAUCUAAAAGUUUUUUAAAAAACACAUAUAUUUGAUAGGCAGAAGCGUCUGUUAGCGUCUAUUAGCUUAGUGUGCUAGCCAAAACUGUUUAGUUAAAAGAACACACAACGCAACAGAGUUGAUUGCCUUGAAAUAUACCAUCUGAUGAGGAGUUAAUAAUGUUUAUCCGACUUACCAAAUACAGUAUAUCUAACAGUUUUAUAUACACAGGUUACUGUACAUUAAAGCCCCAUGACAAAAGCACAUCACCUGCCUACAGCUAAAAGGGAUAAACACUAACUAUUACAGUUACUCACAACAAGAGUGAACAGAAUGAUCGCACAACUUAUUGUUGUCCAGUUUACCCCAUUUUAGAGCACAGAAAUGCCAUUACUCAUAUAACACACACCAUUCGCCAAACACAGACCAAUACAUACCGUACACUACCAUACUAAACAACUGGAUAAAGAUACAAACGUUCCUACAGUAUGUGUGAUUAGUAAACAAGUAAACACAGUACCUGUUAAGCAGAAAAACUCUAAAACUCCAUCAGUCAUUUUGAUUUCAUUUGCUCACAUUCUCAUGCUCUCUUCUGAUUGGCUACAGCUCCUGCCAGUCAUCACUAGGCAGGAUGUUUGACAUGUCAUACAUGUUUUUCCCUCCCCUGA